CUGUUUAUAACGGGCGGCUCUUUUGCAUUGAAGGAGUUCUCAACCGUUCGCUACGAAAUCAGUCGACAUAACAAACAAUUUGGUUUAACUGUUUUGUUGAUAGCAGCGGUGACUCCAGAACUGCUCAAAGAGAUGGGUUUCGACAAAAAUAAGCCCAAAUCACUGGAAGAAGAGUACGAAAGUAUGACUAAAACUGCGGAUUUAGACAACUGGAAGAAUAUUCGUGGUCCGCGUCCCUGGGAGGAGGACUCAGUCGAAUACAAGCAAAUGAUCGAAAACAGGAUUAAUGAACUCCAGAAGAAAAGAAGAUAAUGUUUUUUAAUUAAAAAUAUGUAAAUCAUUUGUAAAGUUUGCCAUAAAUUAGUUCGCGAU